AUGUGUGUACGAGUGCUUAGAGAGUGUUUGUGUGGGGAUGAUGAGCUGUUGUCGAGGUAUACCGAUUACUUUGAAGAGGCAUUCUCAGGAGUAGCGUUCCCAUGGGUGAAGAUGUUCAAGGACGCUCCUUUGUCCACUCUCAUCGAUGUUCCGUUAUCUCAUAUUCCUGAUUCUGUCUACGGAACAACACGCAAUUGGCUCGACAUGCCUCCAGUUGAACUUGAGGAUUUCUCUGCCUUCGUACUGCGUGCGUUUGAUCAGAUCCUCCUCGAUUUGGAAGCACAACAAGGAGGUGGUGACUCCAAAUCUCAGGUGGGAAUGUUAGUUGCGUUAGCCAUCGUUUUGCGUUGUAAACCUGAGGCUUUGGUUCCUGUCUUACCCAUUCUGAGAGAGUCUCCUAAGUAUCAGGGACACGACAAGCUUCCCGUUACUGUUUGGAUGUUGGCUCAGGCCUCCAAAAGUAACGAUCUAUGUCUUGGCUUGUAUUCAUGGUCACAUAACUUGCUACCACUUGUCACAGUCAGUAGUAAGAAGCGUUGCUAUAUCCCUCAGUCUAUGGAUCUAAUCCUGCAAUUCGUUGAGGAGAUUCUGUCGCGUCCAAGGGCUCCGGCCAUACUUGUAGAUGGAGCUCUUAGGGAAGGAGAGCCGCUCAUUCCACUUACUUCAUUUGAGAUCUUGGUGCGUCUCGCAUUCCCUGCUCCAGACGCAAGAGUAGAGUCUACAGCAAGGGUUGAGGCAAUAUAUCCCUUGCUGAAGGACGUGGCUCUUUCACCAGAUAUGCCAGGAGGAAGCAACGCCGGGAAGCAGAUGUUCACUUUUUCCUUGAGAUCAGCCAGAAAGGGUAUUGUUACAGGAAAUCCUGUUUUAGCCGAGGAAGCUACAUCUAUCGCUGUCUGGUGUGUGAUGGAAAGCGUUGACUGCUUUGAGCACUGGGACAUUCUCUAUAGGGAGAAUCUAGAAGCUAGUGUUGCUCUUCUUAAAGAGCUGCUAGGCCAAAGGAUGUUUUUCCGCAAGCUAUCAACAUCACCAAGCGAUACUCUCACUGUCAAUCAAACUAUGGAGAGCUUCAGGCGUAAGAACAAAAAAGCCAUCGCUGAAGGAGGAUCCAAUCGUUCUCUUUACAAAGAAGCUGACAAGUACUGCACACUGAUCUCGUGGAGAAUCUCCCGUGGAGAUGAUGGAGGCUUCAGAAUGACACCCAUUAAUGUUUUGGUUCUAGCUGCUGUCGGAGCUUCUGUGGGAGUUGCUGUAGGAGCUGCUACUUUCGGAGCUGCUACUCUCGGAGCUGUAGACGUUGCUGUCGGAGCUCUCGGCGCUACUGUCGGAGCUGCUGCUGUCGGAGCUCUUAUUGCAUCAUUCCACUAGCGUAGUCACAAAGUUGCAGUGCGCACACAAAAAAAAAAAGUUAUAAAGAGUUUGCUAGCCGGGCAGAGGUGCACCAAAUAUGAAUUUGCGGCGAAUCUUCAUCAUGAGUCCGUGUAGAUAUCUUUUGAUAUUCUUCUUCUAAUACUUAGAACCACAUAUCUCAUGCAAGAUGUGCUGAUGGCAAGAUCUUAUGAAUGCUUUUGAGAUAUUCAUAUUUUGUUUAGUACUUCA